AUGAAAUGGUUAGCGUAUGGAAAACGUAAGAGAAAUAGCCUUUUGUUUCUGUGGUUUAGAGCUGCUACUUGAUGUGCUGAAUCUAAUUAUGACUGUAGUUUUGGUCUGUGCGUUUAUUUUCCCAAUGAUUUUGACAAAUCUUUGUGAGGUCCCAAGUAUAAUGUAAAACAUUAAAGUUUUUGGUCAUAUUUUUGUUUCAGCGGCUAAAGAACUCCUGAACCGUCGAGAAUUUGGGUUUACUUUUGAUCAAGCGAUGCAUCGUUACUUAUCUUUCACCGAUCCAAACGAAUUGACCAAACAGUUGGUAGCGAAAAAGCCAAGAAAGUUUGAGAUUGGUGCUGUUGCGACUGUUCCGGUAAGCACUCUACUUUUUUCCUUAUGUGUUUAGAUGGCUCAAAGAGACAGUGUGUGCAAGGAAGAGUUCGAAUGGGUCGAACGAGAGCUGACUUUUGAUAUUGACAUGGACGACUACAACAGUGUCCGGACUUGUUGUCAAGACAAGAAGGUCUGUCAAAAAUGUUGGUCGUUCAUUUCCAUCGGUGCCAAGGUCAUAAAUUUCAUUUUGACGGAGCAUUUCGGAUUCAAAAAGUUGUUGUUCGUCUUCUCCGGUCGACGAGGACUUCACGUGUGGUGUGCCGACGAUAAGGCUCGCAAGUUGGGUGAUCUGGAGCGCAAAGCGAUUUAUGAUUAUCUAAAUUGCCGAGAUCUUCGAAUUAACAAAGACAAACGACUGCACAAAUCUAUCUUGGACUUUUGUCGAGUAAUUUUGGACGCGCCGGAAACUGUGGACCUGGUGGUGGAUCAAGGAUGGAUGGAAAACACCGAAGACUGGCUGAAAAAAUGUCCCAACCGAAAACUUGAGAGUCAGAUUCGAACAGCCUUCAAAAAGUAGGCUUUUUUGUUUGUUCCGCCACAAAAAUCAAAAAAAAAAUUUUUGUCAUGGAUAAUAUAAAUUUUCAAAAUAAUUCCUCCGAAACUUCUAAGCUAUGUUUCAUGACCUUCAUAGAGGCAAGCAACACUAGUUUAAGGCUUAAUUUUCACUAAUUUAAAUAGUUUUUUCACCAUUUUUUUUAUCAUGGAUAAUGUCCAAAAAAUUUCAGAAUGCCCGAUCCAGCAAAGCGCUUCGAACUCCUCAAAUGCAUCUGUGAUCCCAAGUCCCACAAAGAGUCGGAAUCGCGGCUAGAGCCUCCAACUCCAGAGGCAGUCGCCUUUUUUUACCUGUUUUUAUUGGAGAGGAUGCAUCCAAAAAUGGAUGCCCCCAUCACAACCAAAACAUAUCACUUGUUAAAGUCGCCAUUCUGUGUUCAUCCAGAGACAGGAAUGGUCUCGGUGCCAUUUAGCGCGAAUUCGGGGCACCUAUUCCGAUUGGACAAGGUCCCGAGAGUCGAGUAGGUGGCUUCAGUACUUUUCGGACAAAAAAUUAUAUUAUCCAUGACCUACUCGGCUUCAUGGAGAUUGGACAGAGUGAAACUCGACAGAAAUAAAUUGGACGGAGAGUGGGAAUUGGACAAGGGGAGAUUGGGCGAAGUGAAAUUGGACAGUUUUUUUUCAUUGCAAAGAAUAGUUAAAUAGUGACAUUACAGUAGGGGACCUGAUCCAGUGGCAAAAAACGUACCAUUUUGCAUUCGGGAAGUGUCAAAAUGUGGCAAAAUGCCUCCCUCUCCAAGUGAAAAAACUUCGUUUUGAAGGGCGCGCUUUUGAAAUCGGAGUUUUUUCACUUGGAGAGGGAAACAUUUUGCCACAUUUUUGAUACUUCCCGGAUGCAAAACGGUACGUUUUUUGCCACUGGAUCAGGUCCGCUACUGUAAUGUCACUAUUUAACCGUCUUUGUAGUGAAAAAAAAUCUGUCCAAUUUCACUCCGCCCAAUCUCCCCCUGUCCAAUUUCCACUCUCUGUCCAAUUUAUUUCUGUCGAGUUUCACUCUGUCCAAUUUCCAUGAAGCCGAGUAGGUCAUGGAUAAUAUAAUUUUUUGUCUGGAAAGAACUCAAAGUAAUUUUUCAUGAUUGUAGCGAGCUGAUAAAGCAAUUGAAAAAUGCCAAAGCCAUUCAAGACGAGUCUGCCGAUGAGAAAGAGAACGCCCGGAAAGUGCUGUGUAAGUUGGAUGAGAAGUCGUAUUUUCGACAAAAAAAAUAUUUUAAGAUUGCGUAAAACUUAUUAUUAGUGGAUUUGAAAAGCUGUUUAGGACAAUAUUUGCAAAGUUUUAUGUUCAAUUUGGCCAAAAAUUUAAAAAAAUUAUAUUAUACUAGGCAAGAUUGUAAGUUUUGCCUGUGAAUUGAAGAAUUUUGAUGUUAGAUAGCUCGAAUUAGCUUUAAAAUACUUCUUAUUAAAUUUACUAGACUUUACAUCUCCAUUUGGCACGUAUCUCAUCGAUUUUAAUACAUUUUUUCGCUAAUCUUUCACAAUUCUUUACAAAAUUUUAGUAUUUUUUGAAUUAUAUCGGCUAUUUUAGAUUACAAGCGAACCGAUCUCGCCCCAUACAUCGAGAACUUUGAAGUUUUCAUCAAUAAUGUUGUAAAAGACGCCUAG